AUGAAAACCCUAAAAACCCUCAAGUUCUGGUCCAAAAAGAAGAAAAAGAAAAAGAUCACCAAUCUCCACCACCAAUCUCCGCCACCAUGCUGCUGCUGCCACCACCCAGUUCAGCCUUCAGCUCCGCCCUUACCCACCUGGAUAGAUUACGAGGAGCAGACCUACACUCAACAUCUCUUGGAAUAUGAGGUAAACUUCUCUGAAUUUUCAGGAUUGCCAGUUUCAUAUCAAGCUCACAUUGAUCCACAAGAAGAUAGCAUCGGCAAUGUUCCACCUGAACCUGUGAAUCCACCAUUGUCAUCAGAAUCUAGUGGUGGUGGAAUCGGUUGUUCUUAUCAGCAGUACUUGGUUGAGAAUCCGGUUAAUGGAGUUCCUGUGUUGCAAUCGAGAAAAACAGAGAGAUCUGCUGGUGGCGUUGGAUGUGUGUUUAAUAUUGGUGCACAUCUGUUCAGGUGCUUCUUCCCAUGUUUUCGGAUUAGAGAUGUCUAA